CUAUCCGAGAGUGAGUUGAAAUUUGGAUAUUAUUCUUCAAAUUAUCGGUAAUUUUUGUCCAAUUAAUGAUUAUUUAUGAAGUUGUUUUAGUGAUAUUUUGUCUGUAGUUCAAUUCUAAAAAGUAAUUGUUUAUCAUAGUGCGUUUCAAAGUGAGAAACUGUGCGUGAUAUACAUUGCGAUCAUUGUGUGAGUUUCGACGGAAGAUGGAGAGAGGAACAGUGUAAGCUCAUCGGCCAGCUUGGGUCUUCAUUAUGCCCGAUGGUUGAUUUUGCGUUAUUAUUAUGUGCCUUGAGGGAUAUUUUAAAUAUCGGACUUAUGGCACAGAUAUUUUAAAUUUAUGCACCAGCCGUUGGAUGCGACUAAAAUCAUGUACGAAUUAUAAUUUUUAUUAAAUACGAGUACUCAGUCCAGGCAAAGUAGGUACGGCUUUGUAAACAGGGGAGAUAUGGCCGAUCAUCUUGUCACGGACGGGCCGCCAAAUAAGCGGCCGAAAUUGACGGAUCCGUUUCAGGGGACUUCAGAUUCGUCUGCGCUGUCGGCACAUCAUGCUUACACCAACUACGGCUUAACUUCGUCUGGUCUGGCAAGUGGUGGAGGCCCCCUACAGCAGCAACCUCAACAAUGGAACACAACCAGGAGAACAGAUAUCUUCACCAACAACGACAUGUUCAAUAUUGAAAAUGACCUGCCUGAUGAUUUGCUGGGGGAUUUGACUGGGUCAUCAUCAUGGAGCUCGGUGGCAGACGCCCCCACAUCUAAGCCCCCCGCCACAGGCCCGGGCCCUGGCAACAUGCAGAAUGGGGCCCUGGACCAGGACGGAGCCCCCAUGCAGCAGAGGCACAUGGUAGCCUCUCAGCAAUUGCAACAUCAACUGAUGCAGCAGAUGUUGCUGAACAAACAGGGUCAGUCACUGGGGCUGGGCGGAGGGCUAAAGGCCAACCCCGCCACCAUGCAGUCCCCACCCAACGUGUCUGUCAGCAAAGGAGACCCCAUGGUCAUGCCCAGCAGUAUGGGAGUUGGUCUCAACAACGUGCCUCCAGCCAACAUGAUAAUGACGAGUCCACCAGUGAACUCGAUGGGAGGCAUGGCAGGUGGAGGCAUUGUAGUAACUAACAGCCAAAACAAGCAGAAUCUUCCCACCACCAUGUUAGCUGGUGGUCCCAACGCUAAUCCUCAAGGAAUCAUGCAUCACGGGGUUCCCAACCAGGGUCUACAGAACGGACCAAUGAUGGCAGCUCGCGUGGGAGUGAUGCAGCAGCAGACACACCUGGUCAACAGAGGGCAGAGUCCACACCAGGUCCACGCCAUCAGUGUGGGCCAACCCAGAAUACAGGGGCCCAACAUGGCUGCUAUGGGCCAGAUGCCUGGAGGUAUGGGUGCUGGACCUCAGUACAACUACAACAGAGGAGUGGGGGUAGCUGUGGUCACUCCUCAGCAACGCGGCCUUGCCAACAAUCUGGCAAUGCAGGCCAACCGCUUCGGUACAGCUGGCAAUGCGAUUGGCGGAGGUGUGGUGAACAGUGAAGGAGGCAUGGCUCAACAAGCUCAGCCUCCCGCUCCGUCCCCAGCCCAGCCCCAGAGUGGGGGCCCCACAGGGGGUCAGCCGGGGCCCACACAGGCUGCGACUCCUCAGUCUCAAUCUACAACCACCACAACACCCUCCACAUCCACUGCCGACCCAGAGAAGAGGAAACUGAUCCAACAACAGUUGGUGUUGCUACUGCACGCACACAAGUGUCAACGACGUGAGAGUCAGUCUAAUGGAGAGGCUUGGCAGUGUACUUUGCCGCACUGCAUGACAAUGAAGAAUGUGCUGAAUCACAUGACGACCUGUCAGGCAGGCAAGUCUUGCUCUGUUCCUCAUUGCUCGUCGUCCAGACAAAUCAUCUCUCAUUGGAAACAUUGCAUGAGAGCUGACUGUCCUGUCUGUCUGCCUCUUAAACAAGCUGAUAAGAACCGAAACAAUCCCAAUGUAGUUGCACAGCAGGGAGCCACAGCUCUACCUAACCCCUCACCCUCGGACAUGAGGCGGGCCUACGACGCCCUAGGCAUCCAAUGUCCACCUACCACUGGACAGCUGAUGGGAGGCGCAGGUGCUGCGCAGGUGCGGCCAAGACUGCCAGUACCCUCACAAGCAAACGUGCUAUCCAACCAGCAACCAGGAGGCGUUGUGGGAUCUCAGUCAUCAGUGGUGGCUCCCAACGUAUCAUUGGACAACGCGGUCCCCACAGCCGCAGCCCAGACUGCUGCAUCCAUCCAGCAGAAUGUGGCCAACAUGCAGAACGCUCUGUUUGGCCUCAACAACCCUGAUUCAUCCAGUAAUAAUCUAGGCACAGUAGACAAUCAGCUAGCCAGCCUACAACUACCGGUGGGAGUGGGACUAGCCGGUUCCGGCCAGGUCACUGCAACUCCAGUCCCCGGAACUAAGGAGUGGCAUCAGUCAGUCACAACUGAUCUCAGAAACCACUUGGUCCACAAACUUGUGCAAGCAAUAUUUCCAACACCAGAUCCCAAUGCCAUGAGGGACAAACGUAUGCACAACCUCGUAGCCUAUGCAAGAAAAGUGGAGGGAGACAUGUAUGAAAUGGCCAACUCAAGGUCCGAAUAUUACCAUUUGUUGGCUGAAAAGAUCUACAAAAUUCAAAAGGAACUUGAGGAGAAAAGACAAAAGAGGAAAGAACAGCAAAUGCAGCAGGCUGCAGCGCAGGUACAGAGCCAGCCAGCGCAGCAGCAGCAACAGCAGGUGGCAACACAACCUCAGAUGAGGCCAGGUGCAGGAUGUGUCCCUACACGACCAGUCACUUCACAACACUUACCCUCUCACUCUCCAGUGGGUGGAGGUAUGUUGAGUGGACACCUGAGUGGACCCCGAAUGCCAUUUAACAACACACAGCCCACCUCACAGACUGGUCCUUCCACCCCUGGUAUGGUAGUGGGCCCUCCAGGUCCUAGCCCCACCCCCUCUCAGGCUCCCACCCCUGUCUCUUCUACUAGUCAAUUCUCCACCACCAACCAUCAGUUUCAGCAGCAGGCGAGGCUCAGCGCACCGCAGACUUCCCCGGCAUUCCCUCUACCUCCGUUCUCAUCACCCAACAACACGUCAGCCAGUAGUGGAGGAGUGAUGGUUUCACAACCCUCGUGUGUCACUCCUCCCCCCACUUCCUCACCCUUACCUCCCACCUCAGGACCUCCCACAAUCCCUUCCCCGUCACUCAGUCCCGCCAACACCACCACCACGUCACAGUUUGCUAGAACAACUUCCACCACAAGCUCCAGUUCAUAUACAAGUCAGAUGGCUGCAAUCACUGCUGCACUCACACGGGAUGAAGAUUCACCCCCGAGUUCAAACCAAAAUAAGGGAAAACUGAAUCAAGUUGGCUCCAAAGGUGAGAGGGACGAAGGGGAUGAUGAGGGUGAAUCUCGUCACGGUGGCGAGGGAGGAGGCAAGGGCAUGCCUAACUUUGACUGUGGAGGGAAACAGAUCAAACAAGAAAUCAAGACUGAGCCAAUGGACCACGACACAAUCAAAGAAGAAGUUUCAAUCAAAGAGGAGCCUAGAUCUCCUAAAACAGAAGCAGAUAUCAAACCACCAGUUCCCAUCGAGCCUAUAGUGCAAGGAAGUGACAAAAAGAAAAAGUGCCUGUUCAAACCUGAUGAGCUUAGACAGGCUCUGAUGCCUACGCUGGAGAAGCUGUACCGUCAGGACCCAGAGUCUUUGCCGUUCCGUCAGCCUGUAGACCCACAGUCUCUCGGCAUCCCAGAGUACUUUGAGAUUGUCAAGCGGCCAAUGGACCUGAGCACUAUUAAGCGUAAGCUGGACACAGGCCAAUACUCAGACCCGUGGGAGUACGUGGAUGAUGUCUGGCUCAUGUUCGACAACGCCUGGCUCUACAAUAGGAAGAGCUCCCGCGUCUAUAGAUAUUGUACAAAGUUAUCCGAAGUGUUUGAAGUGGAGAUAGACCCUGUGAUGCAAGCUUUAGGCUACUGUUGUGGCCGAAAAUAUACGUUCAACCCUCAAGUUUUAUGCUGUUACGGCAAACAGCUGUGUACCAUCCCAAGAGAUGCCAAAUACUACAGCUAUCAGAACAGAAGCUACGGUGUUGUGUCGGAUAGAUACACUUUCUGCCAGAAGUGCUUCAACGACAUACCCGGAGACACUGUCACCUUGGGAGACGAUCCCACCCAGCCACAGACUGUAAUCAAAAAGGACCAGUUUAAAGAGAUGAAGAACGAUCACUUGGAGCUGGAGCCGUUUGUGGAGUGUUCGGACUGUGGCCGCAAAGUGCAUCAGAUCUGCUGUUUACACAUGGAGGCUAUCUGGCCACAAGGGUUUGCUUGUGAAAAUUGCCUUAAAAAGAAAUCACAAAAACGAAAAGAUAACAAAUUUAACGCCAAAAGAUUACCAGUGACAAAAUUGGGCACUUAUAUAGAGACAAGAGUAAAUAAUUUCUUGAAGAAGAAAGAGGCAGGAGCUGGGGAAGUGGCCAUCAGGGUGGUUGCCAGCUCAGACAAAAUAGUGGAGGUGAAGCCCGGUAUGAGGAACAAGUUUGUGGAAAACGGUGAUCUGCCAGAACAGUUCCCAUACAGGGCGAAAGCUUUGUUUGCCUUUGAAGACAUCGACGGCACAGACGUUUGCUUCUUUGGCAUGCACGUGCAGGAAUAUGGCUCCGAGUGUCCCAACCCCAACACGAGGCGGGUGUACAUCGCAUACCUGGACUCAGUUCACUUCUUCAGGCCGAGGCAGUUCAGGACUGCUGUUUACCAUGAGAUCUUACUCGGCUAUCUGGACUAUGUCAAACAACUUGGAUACACGAUGGCACACAUCUGGGCUUGUCCACCUUCAGAAGGUGACGACUACAUUUUCCACUGCCAUCCCCAGGAGCAAAAAAUACCAAAGCCAAAGCGAUUACAAGAAUGGUACAAGAAGAUGCUGGACAAGGGAAUUAUCGAGAGGAUAGUUUUAGAUUAUAAGGAUAUUCUAAAGCAAGCAAUGGAAGACAAGUUGAGUAGUGCAGCUGAACUGCCUUACUUUGAGGGUGACUUCUGGCCUAAUGUCCUGGAGGAGAGCAUCAAGGAGUUAGACCAGGAGGAGGAAGAGAAGAGGAAACAAGCUGAGGCAGCUGAGGCCGCAGCCAAUGCUUACUUGUCAAUAUCAGAGGACAGUGAAGUUGGAGCGGAUGGUAAAAAGAAAGGACAGAAAAAAGCCAAGAAGUCAAACAAGUCUAAAGCGAACCAAAGGAAAAGCAAUAGCAAAAAAUCAAACACGCCUCAGACUGGAAAUGAUUUGUCUGCAAAAAUCUUUGCCACAAUGGAGAAGCACAAAGAAGUAUUUUUUGUUAUAAGGCUUCAUUCAGCACAGUCUGCAGCCAGUUUACAGCCAAUCCAAGACCCUGACCCAUUCAUCAAUUGUGAUCUGAUGGACGGGCGUGAUGCUUUUCUCACUAUGGCGCGAGAGAGGCAUUACGAGUUCUCCUCAUUACGAAGGGCGAAAUACUCGUCAAUGGCGAUGCUUUAUGAGUUACACAACCAGGGUCAAGACCGCUUUGUCUACACAUGCAACAAUUGCAAGCUACACGUUGAGACCCGUUACCACUGCACUAUCUGUGAUGACUUUGAUUUGUGUAUAACAUGUUACGGCAAGGAUGGACAUCCUCACAAGAUGGAAAAGUUGGGCUUGGAUCUGGACGACGGAUCAUCACCUGCAGACCAGAAACAAGCAAACCCACAGGAGGCGCGGAAGUUGUCCAUACAGAGGUGUAUCCAGUCACUGGUGCAUGCAUGUCAGUGUCGGGAUGCCAACUGUCGUCUGCCCAGCUGUCAGAAGAUGAAGCGGGUGGUGCAGCACACCAAGAUCUGCAAACGCAAGGCCAACGGAGACUGUCCUAUCUGCAAACAGCUCAUUGCACUCUGUUGCUACCACGCCAAGUAUUGUCAAGAGACCAAAUGCCCGGUGCCGUUCUGUCAGAACAUCAAGUACAAGAUGAAGCAGCAACAAUUACAGGCGAGAUUGCAGCAAGCGCAGCUGCUGCGUAGGCGAAUGGCUGUCAUGAAUACUAGAGGGUCUGUGAUGGGGUCGAGUGCAGUCAGUCCAGGCGCUCAGCAGACAGUGGUGAUGCCAGCUCUGCCGGCACCUUCACCUCAACACCAGCCUGGCAUCGGCCUCAAGCCUGGCACUCAGACUCCUCCUGCCAACGUACUGCAAGUUGUCAAACAGGUGCAGGAGGAGGCGGCCAGACAACAAGCACCUCACGCUGCUGUAGGCUAUGUAGGCAAAGUGCCUCAGUCUGUACCUCAAGUGAUGCCUCCUCCACAGCUACAGAGAGGGCCAGGGCCAGGACCAACCCCGCUUCUCUCCAUGGACCAGUGGCAACAGAACAGAUACCAAACAGCCAAUGUGGGCAAUGCAGGGCUGAGGCAACCUAACCCUCAGCCCGGGGCGCAAGGACCCAUCGUGGGGGCAAUGCGACUCUCUCAGCCAGGACCUAACCCCCAGAGCAAACAGGCGCUUCAACAACUGCUGCACACUCUACGAUCACCCAACACUCCGGAACAGCAGCAGCAGAUACUGCAGAUCCUCAAGAGCAACCCUCAGCUGAUGGCAGCCUUUAUCAAACAGAGGCAAAACUUCCAGAUGCAGCAGCAACAGCAGCAGCAGAACGUGGUGAACGUACCUCAGGCGCCGACCCAGCAGCUUCAGCACAUGAUGACUCAGCAGCAGAACCCACAACAGAACAGGCUGCACAUGCAGAUGCCUCAACAGAACCCUCAGAUGAUGCAACAACAACCCAACUGGUACAAGCAGCAGCAGAUUCUGGCUAUCCAACAGAGACAACAGCAACAACAACAGCAGCAGCAACAACAACAACAGCCAACUCAGCAGUUCCCUGGGGGCUAUACGCCUCAGCAGCAACGGUUACCAAUGAGAAGUUACUCGCAAGGCUUCCCUGACCAGUACCCUGUCAAACCCAACCCUAGUCCAGUCCAGUCGCCCCAGGGCAUGAUGGGUCCUCCUGGUAUGUCGCAACAACAACUCAUGUCUGUCAGGUCGCCCCCACCUAUACGGUCGCCUCAACCCAACCCCUCGCCUCGGCCAGUACAGUCACCUCGCAACCAGCCGGUGCCCUCGCCUCACCACGACCUCGGUGGACCCAGUGAGAUGAUGUUAUCACAACUAGGCUCCUCCGCCACCGGACUGCCGCCCCCAGCACCCCCACAGCCCGACGAUCUUACGCCUCAGGAUCAGUUGACUAAAUAUGUGGAAAAUUUGUAGUACAGUGCGGCUUUUUAGUUUUUAAUGUGUACUUAAAAGGACAUUUUCCUUGUCGAUAAACAAAGCAAUCUUCCUAUCCUGUGUUAUGUAAAAAUGUUGUGAUUGUUGUCGAUUAUAGUAUUAUUAUUCUGUUAGUGUAGGUGUACAUAAGUUAAAUAGUGCCGGGUGGCGAAUGUGUAUAGCGUCCCUAUGAUCCGCUCGUGCUUUAUUUAUUGAACUUUAUAAUUUGACCAAAAAUAAAGAUGUGAAACAUUUUGUUAAAGGAAUGUUGACUAUCGAUGGCCGUUUUUAGUCUCUUUUGUGUCUUGUGUAUUGUUGUUUUUGUUUUAGUCUCUUUUUACGACACAAAUGUGAGAAUAUUUCAACUACACGAAAUAAAAUAUUUGUAUGUACAUCGUUAAACCUUUAUUGUAAAGAAAAGUAACACUUAAAUCCUCUUUUUAUAUAUAGACUUAAUACAAUUAUUACAUCUUUUGUAAACAAAAAGGUGCCGCUGUGUAAAUAUAGUAAUAGAAAAUGUUUUACGUGUAUAUAAAUGUAUUAUUGUUCGAUAAAUGACUAGUAUACAUUGAUAAAAACACAUAUAUAAAUAUAUGGAUAUCUAAGAUAAAAAUAAAUGAUUGUUGUUCAUAAAAUUUGUCUUUAACUUGUCUCACAAGUUAGGCUGUGUUCAUGGUUAUGUGUAAAAAGGAUUGGAAUGGAUUUGUUACUCUAAGAUGACAACUCAUUUGUUAAAAUUAUCUUUCUUCUACUUCUUCUGUGAACUAUGUAUUUGUAGGUACUGUUUUGUUACUUCAUUCAUAUUGGAUUAAUCAUAGUUUUUAUACAUGACUAAGUGAGUGAAUCGAGUUCAGAUUAAGAUCUCCGAUAGACAGAUUUUUCAACAGAUCGUGUAAUGAUAUUUUUAUAUAUAAUACAAACAAAUAGGUUGUCUCCAGCCAUGUACAUUGGGUACUAGUUCCUCUCUACUCGCUUAGAGAGAAUUUCUUCAAAAGCUUUGCUUUUGUGAAUUAUCUCUUACUAUUAAAUUUUUUAGGUAUAUUUAUUGUUAUUUUAUUUGUUACUCCCUUUUCAGUUUGGAAUUUCAUCUUAAUCUGACUACAAUUUUCCCUUUCAAACUCGAUCCAUUAGCCAUUAUA